AUAAUUGUUUUCAAUAGUUACGUUUGUUACUUCGAUCUCUCGCCAUGGGAAUUAAGGGACUGUCCCAGCUGAUUGCCGACGUGGCCCCGUUCGCGGUCAAGGAGGGCGAAAUCAAAAACUUUUUCGGACGAAAAGUGGCCAUCGAUGCCUCUAUGUGCUUGUACCAGUUCCUGAUUGCGGUGCGCGCCGAGGGCGCCCAGCUGACGUCGGUGGACGGGGAGACCACUUCCCACCUGAUGGGGACGUUCUACCGGACGAUCCGGCUGCUGGAGAACGGCAUCAAGCCGGUGUACGUGUUCGACGGAAAGCCCCCGGAUAUGAAGUCUGGGGAGCUGUCGAAACGUGCGGAGAAGCGGGACGAGGCGCAGAAGGCGCUGGACCGGGCGACUGAAGCGGGAGCCACGGAGGACAUUGAAAAGUUCAACCGGCGGUUGGUGAAGGUCACGAAGCAGCACUCGAACGAGGCCAAAGAGUUGCUGAAGCUGAUGGGAGUUCCGUACGUGGAUGCGCCGUGUGAGGCCGAGGCGCAGUGCGCGGCGUUGGUCAAGAGUGGUAAGAUCUACGCUACGGCGACCGAGGAUAUGGACGCGUUGACGUUCGGUUCUAGCAUUCUGCUGCGGCACUUGACCUUCAGCGAGGCCAGGAAGAUGCCGGUGCAGGAGUUCAACUAUGAGAAGAUCUUGAAGGGAUUUGAGUUAAGCCGGGACGAGUUCAUUGACCUUUGCAUUAUGUUAGGUUGUGACUAUUGCGAAACAAUACGAGGUAUUGGUCCGAAGAAGGCAAUUGAGCUUAUAAACAAGCACCGCUCGAUCGAGAAGAUCCUGGAGAACAUCGACACGAAGAAGUACAUCGUUCCGGAAGGUUGGAAUUACAAACAAGCCCGCGAACUGUUCAUAACGCCGGACGUAACCGACCCCGAGCAGAUCGAGCUCAAGUGGGGCGAACCGGACGAGGAGGGUCUGGUCAAGUUCCUGUGCGGAGAUCGGCAGUUCAACGAGGAUCGUAUUCGCGCUGGUGCGAAAAAGAUCCUGAAAACCAAAUCAACCGCCACGCAAGGCCGACUGGACUCGUUCUUCAAGGUGCUCCCGUCAACGCCGUCCUCCAGCCAGAAGCGGAAGCCCGAGGACAAAAAGACUCCGGCCGCGAAGAAGGCCAAAACGUCCGGCGGCAAGCCGGGCCGUAAGCCCAAAUAAAACUACCUCUUAAGUGUCGCUCGUAAUAUUGUAUAUUUUCCAAACUCACUUUUGUUUUCUCAAAUAAACUGACCAUUGUCUCGAAA